AUGGCCCACCUGAGGGAAUUUGCCAACCAGGUAAGUGAGAACUGGAGGCUCUUUUUGAAUAAACUUAGGGCUUGUCUACACUCCCACUUGAUCAGUGCCUAGAAUGCAUGGGUCCAAGUAAUUUCCGCCUGUCUCUUCCUUUUUAGGCACGGGUGCAAGAGGUUUUGCCUUUGCCCCACCAUUUGUUUCUGGAAAACCCACAAUUUAGCACUAAAUCAGAACAAAUGGCAAUCCACAGAAAACCCAAUUGCCAUUUGUUCUGAUUCAGUGCUAAAAUGCCGGUUUUCCCAGAGGAAAGCCGUAGGGCAAACGGAAGUGUGGAUGAACCCUAAAUUAAACUAAAGCAAUACUCCCCAUGAAAAAGCUACCAUACUAUAUGAGAAAUUGACUAAAGGGAAGGCAUCUAAGGUCACUGUAGUGUUGAAUGAUUUGUCAGUUUUACUGAUAUCAAAAUGAAUCAAUAGAAAGGCAAUGCCUCCAAAUGAUACUGUGAAUUUUAUUUUCUGAACAGUUUUCCAUGUAGCCAAAAGGAUAUGUUAAGGUUAUUACUGUAUACUGUUUUGAAAAAAACAAAAUAACAGUACCACUUUCAGACGUUGCCUCUUUUUUGCUAUUUGGUGCAGCAGCACAAUUUGCUGAUUGUGCCCAAGUGUAGAAUUUAGUAUAAGGCACCACACUUAGUAUUCUUAAAAUCUUCGCUUCUGUUGCAUAUCUGGUCUUUCUGGCUUGGUAGCCCUGGAAAUCUUUUGAAGCUGAAGGAAGGGAACAGGAUUUUUCUUGACUUCUCCCUAUGAUUACAUCACCUAACUUCAGGAUCUGGUGAAACAUAUUCUGCCUUCCUCUGCACCAGAGUGGAGGGCAGGCCAAACACAGAUAGCAGGAUUAUGGAGCCAGUACCAAGAUCCUUCUGCUCAGCUGCAUCUAGGAGGAGUUAGUGGUGUGAAUGGAGUGAAUGGUUGUAGCUGCUGAGAGAGAGAAGGAGAGAGGAAUAGAAGGCAAGAGUGGUGGAAAGGCCUGGAGACAAAAGGUGACAGAACAAACCCAGCAAAGAAGAGGGUGGGGAGGAGGGGCUUGGAGCAGUAACCCAACUCAGGAAAAGCAGGCAGAUGAGCCAAACCUAGAGUAGAAAGAGAGUUGAUGGAGAUUAAAGGGCCUGACUGAGAGGCUAGGCUUGGAAAGAGGAAUUGCCCUUGAGACUGUAUAAGGCAGCGCUCUGUGCUCCUAAACAUUUGCAUAAUGACUUGUUCUCUUGAAGCACAUUUGGUCAUUUUUAAAAUGGAACAUAUUGUUCUACCUGGGUCCAUUGUUUGUUACAGUGGUAUCUUGGUUGAAGAACAGCUUAGUUUAUGAACAACUUGGAUUAAGAACACUGCAAACCCGGAAGUAGGUGUUUUGGUUUGUGAACUUUGCCUUGGAAUAAGAAGAUGUUUCGCUUCCUGUUGAGUGUGUUCCAUUUGUAAAUUGAGUCCCUUGCUCCUAUGGGAAAGCACACUUUGGUUUAAGAACAGACUUCUGGAACGGAUUAAGUUCGUAAACCAAGGUACCACUGUACAUGGCAACGAUGAGAGGUCAGUAGCCAAGGAGUAUAUUUGAGGGAAAGCAGCUGAGCAGGGUCAAGACCUGACAGACAGGCAAGAAGGACCAUUGAGGUCACUACUGAAGGCAUAAUUUUUCAAGGUUCUUGUUUCUAUUAUUCUGUGAUCAGGAUACAUUCUUUGGGUGAUUUAUCAAAUUUGUUGGCUUGGCUGCAUCGUGCUGCAUCCUCAUAAGUGACCUAUUUGAUGAGUCUUUAUUUGCCUGUUGUUUUUCAUAACAGAUCAUAACAGUUUCCUAGGAUUCCUUCUCUGACGUCUUUUCUCUAGCUCAUGAGAUGUUGGCUUACUUCAGCCUUCCCCAAGCUGGUGCUCUGCAGAUGUUUUGUACUACAACUGCCAUCAAUCCCAGCCUGACCAGUUGUAGUCCAAGAUAACUGGAAGGUUGAGGAAGUAUGGUUUAUUUCCUCUCAGUCUCUUGUGCUCUAGCUCUCUCCUGCCCCCCUGUUGCUCACAUUUCACUUCACUAAAUUGCCAGCAGGCAUUCUUUCAGAGGCCUGUGCUGUUUGGGUGUUGCUAUGGAGACAGGAGGAUGUUUGGUUGCCCUCUUCUGUUCUGUUGACUGAGAACCCUAUUAGAGUGGGGCUGAACUCAAAGCAUGAGGCCUGCUCAUACUUUGAGCGGGUAACUGCCGUCCUUGAGUAGGAGAGGUUGUUUAUCUACCCGGUCCAAAGGUUUCUUAAUGGCAUCUUAUCAGUUUAAUUACUAAAGAUAAGAGGCUGUUGCCUUUGCCUCAGAUUGAAAUCUUGGGAAGAAGGGGAACUGAAACAGGUGUGGUCCUUUUCGAUGACAGAUUUAUAAGCGAGUGUACUAUUUCUUCCUUAAGCAGCGCAUGCGCGCACACACACACACACACACACAGUGUGGAAAAUCCAUUAACAGGGACAGCUUGUAAUCCGUGCUUCAAAAAGCAAUUCUGCACUGAAAAAAAGUUACACCUGUAUAAGCUAGUUUUCAUCUUUGGCGUAAUUACAUUAUUUUUCCCCGUCAAAGGUACUCCUAAGCACCGUUUACUAGAGCUUAUCUUGGUUAUAGGGCAGAGAAGAUAGGUGCUGGGGUGGGCAUGACAUUAAAGCCUCUCCCCAACUUUUCUAGUAUUCUUGUGGUGUCUGAGGCAAACCCUGGAGAAAUAGCAACCCUUCUUAACUGUCAUUGUGGGGUGAGGCUUCUCCGAUUGAUUGUGGCUCACUCUCAUUGCCUUUGUGAUGGGGCAGCUUUGUGUAUAUGUUUUGGAAAUGAAAUCCUCUUACCAACUUUCUGGUAUCUCUGCUGCUGUCAUCCCAUAUCAGGUAACCCUAACAAAUUUAUGAUGGUAUAAGCUUUUGUGGGCUGGAGUCCACUUCAUCAGAUCACUUCCACACUUAUGCCAUAAGAAAUUUAUGAGACAUUUAGGUUGUGCAGAACUUGUGUUCUUUUUGCUAUAGCAGGCUAACACAGCUACCCCUCUAGAUGUUAUGAAUGCUAAGUUAUUUUUAGCUCUUCUGUUUAGUGUUUUCUAACCCUAACAGGAACCAUGGUAAUGUGGUUCAGUGUUAUCUCCACAUUGCAGAGAGAUACUAGCUUGCUUAAGGUUACCUAGCUGAGUGUGUGGAUUAGGCAGUAUUUGAAGCAGGCUCUUCCUGGUUCAUGAUUCAUUCUUGGAUCCCUUUGACGCACUAGAUACAGAUGGACAGGCAUACUCAGUAAUAGUUUGAUAGCGCUGGAUUGUAUAUCUAAAUGACUGUCUAGUUUCCAGUACCUGUCUUUGACAUUUCAGAUGCUGGAAGCUGACUGUAUUUCAGUGGUUGCAAAAGCUUCAGGUCACUUUAAGGCUCAGGUUCAUAGUGCAAGAAUGAUAUAAAUAUGUGUGUGGUGGGGGGUGAGGCCUACUAAAUUCCUAAAGUCUUGUUGGUACCACAGUGGAAACCCAUCAGAUUUCAGCAGAUCUUAAUUAUAUUCCAGUUCAAUUCUGAUAUAGGUGGAAUUGCAAAUUUGCUACUGAAUUCUGGGCUUUUCCAGAAUCCUAACAUCCCUACUAAAUACUUUUUUCCGCUCAGAAAGUCAGAAUUCAGACAGGUUGGAGGUAUACUGAACAUGGGACCAACUUGCUGCACAUACACAGAGGUGCAGAUGAUAAGCCUUUAGGGUACUUCUAUCAUGAAUAACCCUUGUGUCAUGCUGGGAAAGGCAUGGCUUUGGUGUUGGCCUGUCAGGUACACUAGGGCAGCAGUUCUAAGCAAGUCCACUAGGAGCAACUUCUAAUGAACUCACUAGGACUUUUUUCAUGAUGGAAUGAGUUUAAGAAUGAAGAAAAACCCUGCUCAGUCAGAUUAAACAACCAGACCACCGAGCCUGGAAUCCUAUACAAGAAGUGGUCAAGCAGCAGCUUUCAGGAAGCCCACAAGCAAGUGCUGAAGGGACUAUCCAUAUUCUGUUGUCACCACUUCCUAGUAACUGGCAUUGGGAGACACAUUGCCCCAUGAACAUGAAGGUUCUGUCCAGCUAUUACUUUAGUUCAUAGUUUUAUCCUCCAUUAACUAAUCUACUCUUUUAAAGCCAUCAGAGCUAGUGGCGAUCACAAAGCCUUGUGUUAGUGAAUGCCAUAAGUUAACGAUGUAUUGUGUGAGGAAGUUAUCUGUUUUCACUGUCGUAAAUGUUUCUACAGUAACUUUUAUUUUAUUUGGUGAUCCUCAGUUGUCCUAAUAUGGCAAAAAGAGCGAAAUUUAUCUAUCUCCACAUCAUACAUACAGUUUUGGGCUGAGCUCCUGUUGACUUUAUAAUGAGAAGUGAGCCUUAUGCUAGAUGAUAGAAUGGCUCUAACUGAUGAAUCAUUAAAUCCCUGCUAUUUAUGAUGAUAGUUUAUGAAUUACCCACCUUUAACCCUAAGGUCCCAGGGCAGGUUAAUAUAAAGUGCUACAGAUUAUUUUUUUGACUAGCUCUCUCUUCUUCUCUUCACCCAUCACCCCAUUUAUUCCUACUGACUCAGCACUCUCGGGUUGAUCCAGAGGAACUGUUCACAAAGCUGGAGAGGAUCGGUAAAGGCUCAUUUGGGGAAGUGUACAAAGGAAUUGACAACCGUACCAAGGAAGUGGUAGCUAUCAAGAUAAUUGACCUAGAGGAGGCAGAGGAUGAGAUUGAAGACAUCCAGCAGGAGAUAACGGUGCUCAGUCAGUGUGACAGUCCCUACAUCACUCGCUAUUACGGUUCCUACUUGAAGGUAACUGAAGCUACCAGGGCAAGCUGCAUCACUGUGCUUGUGGGACAGCUACUAGCAAACUAGACUGCAAUUUGUGUACUUAAACAAGGGAAAUGGGUUUAGUUCACCCACUGAAUCCAUUUCUCUCCCCCCCCCCGCCCCCCACCAUAAAGUGUUCUCAGUGAGUCUUGUGGCUGGGACAUUAGUGUGGCAGUGGGUGUGGAGGAGUGAACAUGGUAAGAGGACUUCAUUUUUGGAGGCUUCUCUCCUUGGUGCAAUCAGAAAUGUUUAACUAAAAAUUCUUACAACUGGCAUGUAUUUAGUGACUUAGAAAUUUGACUAAUCUAAGUAAAAUUCAAACUGCAAGAAUUAAAGAGAAAACCCCUUCCCUGCUUAUGAGUUGCAGACUCUUUACUAGUGUUGUCAUGAGUUUGAGGAUGCCAGAGUGUCAUGAUAAUCAGCUAUUAGCAAGAUAAAGAAGCAAACUACAACACUGGGCAAUCUCAAUACUUGCUAGUUUUGCAGUUGGGACAUAAGUGUCCUACUGGAUCAGACCAAUGGCCCAUCAAGUCCAGCAUUCUGUUCUCACAAUGCCAGCCAGAUUUUUAUGGGAACCCUGCAAGCAGGACACAAGUGUAAUAGCACUCUCCUGUUCCCGAGCAACUGGUUCUGAGGCAUACUUUCUCUGAUACUGGAGGGUAGAAUAUAUCUGUCAUGACUAGUUGUCAUUGAUCACAUUUGAAUUCUUUCCCACUCAACUUUUUACAACACGUAAGUAGUAGUGUAAUGGAGAAAGCUGGGCCAGAACCAUUCACCCUGACCUGCCACUCUUCUCAGGGUAUUAUUAUUUAUUAUUAUUAUUAUUAAUAAUAAUUAUUAUAUAGAAAAGGAUUUAGAGGUGUCCUUUCACCACAACAAUCUACAGGCUGAAAUGGAACAGUCCACCAAAAGCUAUAGCUUCUGAUUACUCAUGUAAUUCAACUCUGAGAAUAACAAAAAAUAUCAUUAGAUAUGUCUAGAUAAUGUGGGCUAUGAUGCUACCGAGCACUUCAGGUCUCAUUGUGACAUGCGAGAACUGAAUGAGGAAUACAGGGCUGAUGUGUUUCUUCCGCUGUUUUUAAGGCAAAACCCAGAGUGGCCUUAAUAUUGAAAUGACUGUCACUGCUUUCACACAACACCUUGUCUAAUUUACAGGGCACCAAGCUUUGGAUAAUCAUGGAGUACUUGGGAGGUGGCUCAGCACUGGAUCUAGUGAGUACCUUUUUGUCAUUCAGUUCAGAUACCUUAACAAGAUUCAGCCUGGAACAUCGAAUUAAAAGUAAUUCCACAUUGGUUUCAUGAAGUACCAUUUCAAAUCCACAUUCAGAACUGCCACACCCGGUAGACUCCCCAUUGCAUUCAAAAAAAUACAUUUGUGCCAAGUGGUUAUGAAUGAACAGCUCAAUACUUAAUCAGUAAUCAGAGCCCACCUUGGAGGUGCUGUCUGAUCCUGCUUUAGUUCAUGUACAAGUUCAUGUGUGCAUAACUGCAUUCUUCUUUUCUCUCUUUUUCUCUGAUCUCCAUGCAAAUGGUUGUUCAUCUGAGUUAAAGUUUGUUACGCAUGGAAGACUGAGGGACUUCGGUUUGAAUGUAUUAAAUGUACCUCACUCCUUAACCGUCAUUCUACACUUCUCCUGUAGCUCAAGCCUGGACCUUUGGAGGAGACCUACAUUGCCACCAUUCUCCGAGAAAUUCUAAAGGGUUUGGACUAUCUUCACUCUGAGAGGAAAAUCCACAGAGACAUCAAAGGUCAGGCUUGCAAAAUAUGCGUCUUUGGUUUUUUUCCUAUCAGUUCUCUUAUGAGGCAAUUGAAACCACACAUACUUGCUUUCACCGACAAUCUCAGGUAUCUAUGUUAGAAUUUACCCCCCCCCAUUUGCAUUUCUGUGAUCAUUCCUUAAAUCAAUAAGUAUGAAUUCUGGCAGUAAUUUGUGCACUUAUCAGAAUAGUCUGAAGACUAUCGGGACCACUAAGGCGGAUUUAGUUCUAUAGCCAGGCCUGAACUCAGACUGAGAAGGGUCUCAGGUGCAGAACAGAUGAUGGGAAUUACACUUCCGUAUGCAGAGGGCUACAGGUUCCCCACCUAUGGUCUAGAUAGUAGGUAUCCUCCAGGACUGCCUGCAGCUGCUCUGCCACUACUUUCUCCAGUAGCUUGGCUAUAAAGGGUGGACUUCUUGAGGAGUGGCUGUACCAUUAAGAUAUAGAAAAGGGACGUAAAGCAGGAGAGUGGGCUAAGAAUUGAGAACAAGGUAGGGGUUAAACAAGCUUUGGUAGUUCAUACAGGGUGAGAAUAUAACCCUUUUGCCCUAUUUGCAAAGCCAUAAGGGAUUGGGCUUAGCAGUAGCAGGGAAGAUCGAGCCAGUUUUCGGGAUGUUCUGCCUUCCUUUGUGCAGUUGCUAAGGCACCGUUACUAUCUUCCCCUGUACUAAACCAGGAAUUAACACAAAACAUGUUUGCCGGGGCUUCAGAAAGGCAUCAUUUCUUACUGCAAGAUAAUUUAUUGUAUUCCCCUUUGAUUCAGCUGCCUUUAUUAUUAUUUUUUUCUAUGAACAGCUGCUAACGUGCUACUUUCAGAGCAAGGCGAUGUGAAACUAGCUGACUUUGGAGUGGCUGGCCAACUAACAGAUACCCAAAUCAAGAGGAAUACCUUUGUUGGGACUCCUUUUUGGAUGGCACCUGAAGUCAUCAAGCAGUCAGCCUAUGACUUCAAGGUGAGCUGAGAGGAGCAGGUGAAAGCCUACUAGAACCCUAGCUCAUCAUUUCGAAUGCAUGUUAAUUUGCCUUAUCCUGUGUUCUGCCUACGUUAGAAAGAAAGGUGCAUAUAGGUGGGUAAAGUUUGCAUGUGCUUCUGAGUCUUGCUGUACACAUCAUUGGCCACUUAGUGCCCCCUUCAGUUUUCUAGUGAAGGAUAUGCUUUUUAGGGGUGCAUGUAAGUUUAUGCACACAUCUGCACAACUUUAAAGAAAUCUGUUCAAUGGGUUCUCCUAACCUUCUGUAUUAGAUUUGGGGAGGGCACUGGGUGCACGUGGGGGGAGGAGAGGUGGGAAAGUGCUGUCGUGCAAUCAGGAAUCCUUGCGCUAAGAGAAUGUGUUAGUUGGAGCCCAUCCUAAAAGUCCAAUUCAUGAUUAGAAAUGCACCCUGCUUUGACAGUGAAAAAUACCCAGAACUAUGGUGCAAUCCAUCAGGUUUAAAGCUGUAUUUAAACAGUCAGUAAUAUGUAUUUCUUUAAGACUUCGUACCUGCCUUUCACCACAAGAUCCCAGGACAGGUUACAACAAUAUAAUACACAGUGACAAAGAAACAAAGAAACUGUUUUGCUUCAACUGGUAUUAUCAUAAUUCCCUACAUAAACAUAAUUUAUAUAAUUUAAAUGCUUGCUAUUCACAAGCUGUGAUCAGAGGUUAACUGCACACCCUGUAAAGGCAGCCACCUUUGUAUUAGAAAAUGAAGAGCACAAAAAACUUCUUGCACUUUACAAGAUUUCAAAUCUAAGAGAUAGUUAGCUUAAUUAUAGGACUGCUUAAUAAAAGAUAAAAAAAAAUAUUUUAAAUACAUGUUUAAUUUCCAUGUCUUAUUGCUGUCCAACCUACAGCAGUCUGACCUUCUGGAUUAUCUUGUAAAUCGUCGGCUUAGUAAACAUGUUUUGCUCAGACACACCUAUUCAAGAACUUCUAAAUCUGUGUCAACCAGAAAUAACUUUACCUUAGAUGCCGUUUCAUUUUAGACAUAUGGAUCAAGGAGACGCCCACAUGAUAAGCACACAAGUUGUCACUCACUCAAUCACAUACAGAAGUCGGGUAAUUAUGGGAGAAAAGUGAAUGAUUUGAGUCUCUGGAGGAGUCCCCUUUUCCUGUGAAUCAGCAUCAGAGCUCAAGUCAAUGAGUGUUGGCUUCUCUGUGCCAUGGUAACACUGAGUGUUCAGAGAUCGUUCUCAUUUUUCUUCCAGGCAGAUAUUUGGUCCCUUGGAAUUACUGCUAUUGAACUGGCAAAGGGAGAGCCUCCAAACUCUGACCUGCAUCCUAUGAGAGUUCUCUUCCUGAUUCCCAAGAAUAACCCCCCGACGCUGGAGGGACACCACAGUAAGCCCUUUAAGGAAUUUGUGGAAGCCUGCCUUAACAAGGACCCCAGAUUUGUAAGUGUUGCUCCAGCCUCUUCUCAUAAGCAGAGCCUGAGUAUCAGGUCAGAAAACCUGGCAGCUGCUAGGUAGCAGAGCUCUGAAAUGCUUGUCCUUGGAAAUGAGCCCACCCAUAGGAAUGUGCAGAGUAGGCCUUAGUCCUGUUCAAAUUUAAAAGACUCCUUGGAAAGUGGCAGUGGUAGCUGUCCACCUUUAUGGUCUGGUCCCUGCCAGCUAAAACACCUUGUCUCUUGUAUUUGUGCAGAGACCCACUGCAAAGGAAUUGCUAAAGCACAAGUUUAUCACACGUUACACCAAGAAAACAUCAUUUCUCAUGGAGCUCAUUGACCGGUACAAACGCUGGAAGUCAGAGGGGCAUGGUGAGGAUUCAAGCUCAGAUGACUCUGACAUGUAUGUAUGUUUCCAUUUUAUUUUAAAAACAUUUAUAACCUGCUUAAUAUUUUUUGAACCUCUGAGACAUUUGUCCUACUUUGAAAAUCUUUCAUUUCUUCCCCUUUCUCUGCACCCGAAUAAUCAGGGUGUGAUUGCUCAGUUGUCACUGAGAAAAGUUUCUGCAGAUUUUGUAUUUGUACCGAUAAAGCCUGUAAGGUGGACCAGUAAGAUUUUAUGUAGCUUGUUGAGAAGUACAGACGGGCACAAAAAGCAACGUACGAUUUGUCAUGCUGGCUGCUUCCAGUCUUUAAAUAAUUGCAUGGUGACAUGGAAUAUAUGAAUACCCAGUUCUGGGCUAUGAGUUUGGUAUCUAUUGGUACCAAGUACAUUCUAGCCCCUUGAUAAUGGUUGGAAAAUGCAAACACUGAGUUUGCGUUUAAGUAAGAUUAAGCUGGAAAAGCCUGCCGUUGGGGAAGCCCUGCCCCUGCAAAUCUUGGCACUCCUCGACCCAGUGUUCUUUGAAUGAAAUGCACUCUCACCCCGCUUGUUUCUAGUGAUGGAGAUGCAGAUGAAAGAGAUCAAGGGCCAAUCUGGACUUUCCCACCAACCAUUCGUCCCAAUUCCUUGAACAAGCUGCACAAAGGGAUGUCUCAUCAUGGGUCCCAAAAGGUCAGUGUGGUGUCCAUUACCGCUGGGGAGCAGAGCCCUGAGCCAGCAGUGGUCACUCUGAGGGACCGAGCAGCCAUUGUGCGGGAAUUGUAGUGUUUCUCCCAUUAACCCUGAUACUGUCAGAGCAGAACAUAUCUUGCUUUAGAUUUUGGAGUCUGCCUGUUCUGCUCUGGUUUUUUGUUAACUUAUGGAAGAUUCCAUUUAAUGCAGUGGAGCUAGAAUGGAGGUGAGGUUUGGGAAACUUUUUGGACUGGUGGACCAGAUCAUUAUCUGUCCCCACCCGAUUGACAGAUGAGUUGUCCCUCCUACCUAUCCAAGUUCCUUGUGCAGUGCUUCCUAACCACCCAGUAACCAGCUGGUUUCUAGGUGCUUGGGAACUGUAACGCACAAAGCUUUGCCAGCUGCCAAGUGCCAAGUAUAGGGAAAUUGCGAGAAAUAUGGUUGGCAAAGCUGCUUUCUGUAGAGAUUGGCUGUGUGAUUGAGUUCCCCACCCAAGCUGUGCCUCUACCUGCCCCACACCUGAAGUCACAUCUGAUGUCAGGCAUGGGGCAGCUGGGCAUGGUUUGAGGAAAAUGGCAUUGUUAAGACACAUUGGGACCUGUAGCAGGCCAAAUUUGGCCCAUCCCUGAUAAAGGAAGUUUGCUACAAAUAGUAAACCUGCUGUUAGUUGCUGCUGCAAAAUGGUGUAACACCAUACUCUUUGAAUACAGGUUGCUACUCCUGCCUGUGCCAUUUAUCUGCCUUAGGCUUCUCCUAGGGUCCAUGUAGGAGCUGCAGCACAAACUGGAAGAUUCUUAACGGAUGCUAUAUCUACUUUGUUUUUUACUGCUCCUGCUCGUGACGGUAGAUUUAUGUCGCUUGUCAAAGCAAAGCAUUUUCAUAGACAGGUUGAAAGAACUGUUCAGAGUCAUAUUCAAUAGCAUCCUUCUUCUCCCUCCUCCUGUUAGCCUGCUGAGCCUAUCAAGCGGCAACCACGGUCUCAGUGUCUCUCUACUCUUGUACGUCCUGUCUUCGGAGAGGUGAGGUGGCAGGGUCUGAAUUUCCCCCAAUUAUUAUCUGUCACAUAUGAAGUGUUUCUCUGAGGAUGUUGGGUUAGAAUAAUGAGUAGGAGCUGACAACCAAGUGAUGGUAAGAAAUGAGACCUUUCACACUUGUAUGGUGAUUAUUAGAAUUACCGGUAAUCUUUUGCCCUGUUCUGCAUCCUUAUGAUGUGGGAGGCAGCUUGAACUCUGCAAAAGAGGUUGAUCCCUGGAUUAUGAGCCAGGAUCUGUGAGGACAGCUCAAAGCCACUUAAUUUGCACAGCUGAUGAAGGGGAGAGUUAUUGAACCAGACACAUGUUAGGUAGUAUAAGAGAACAAUAUAUGGUACAGUGAGUAGGGAUCAGAUAGGAAGUAAUAUGUACACAGGGCCAGAGUACUCUAAAGAAGGACACGACUGCAAAACAUGCACACCUUGCUAUAUCCACAAUGGAUAGAGUUGUCCUCUGGCUUUCUGGUCUAAAUUUGGUAAAAUUGGGUCAGCAAUUAUGUAGCUGCAUGUAUUAAGAAAGCAAUGUGUUGUUUAGCUGGAGUUGCAAGCUUCCCAGGGACACUGGGCAUCACAUAGUGAGUGAAGCAACUGGGUGCAGUAUAGUGCUGGGUGGUUGAUUGCAUACUCUUGCCAACAGCCACAAGGCUGUUGGGGAGAUUUAGUUCCAUAUAUAUGGCUUUAGGAACAGGGUGCAAGUUUCCUGAUAUCUAGUGUGCUUAGUUAUUACAGCAGUGGCCCGCUCCAGUGAGCCUCGUCCAGCUCCGAAUCAUUAUGUGUCACUUGAGUUUGUCACUUACUGUAGCUUUAGCAAUUUUUACAGCUAGGCAACAUUGCUGUUGCUGCAGCUGAUUAAUUCUGUAUUCUGCUUGUUCAAGGUACUGUUUAAAUUUGGCACCAUUAGCAGCCAUCAGCAAUAGCAUGUUAAUUGAAACUGUCUUAGGCAUCAAUAGAGACCUUUCUGAGUUUCCCUCCUACAGGAGCUAAGUUGCAACUUUGUGUGUCCACUCAGCCUUGUCUAAAAGAUUUCUGUGAUGGGUGGUUGUAUGUGUUUUGGGGAAUCAGACCUAUGCUCCGAUAGGGGAAAGGCUGUUUGUGUGAGAUGUUAUUCCUGUUUAUUCCCCAUUUCUGCCUCAGGCCCCUCCCACCUAUGGAAUGCAGCCUCCAAAGUUUGAAUUCAGCCCUUGGCAUGAAAGAGGUUCUCCACCCCUGUACUACUACGGCCUUCAGGGCUGUGGAACUGGCCCAUAUUCUAGAGAUGCCUAUUGUACUUCUUUAUACAGCAAAUGUUUUCGCCUCCCAUGAAAAUUGGCAUUAAGGAUUUUGUGCUGCUACUUAGAGCUUUCUAAUGUCUUGGCAGCUCAAAGACAAGCACAAGCACACUGGAGGCAACGUGGGAGCCAUGGAGGAACUGGAGAAUGCCUUUAGCUUAGCUGAGGAGUCUUGUCCAGGAAUCUCUGACAAACUAAUUGCACACAUGGUAGAGCGAGUGCAAAGGUAAAAGUUCUGAGUGUUGUUAAUGUGACUAUUUUUGGUGAGGAUAUGGGCUAGAAUGAGUAAGAGAAGCCAAUCCUACACCUUGCCCCUGUACACCUUUCUCUAGUGCUGCUGUUCUUAGUUUGGGCCCAAGAUACAGCUGUUUGCUUAGGACCACAUACUCUGCCCUAGGCAACUGUCUAGCAUUCUGGUGCUUUGAUUGGUGGUUGUGUGGAAUGAUGAUUAUUAACAAUUGUAUUUUGCUACUGUCCUUCACCAUAAGGUCCCAGGGUAGGUUACAUCUACAGAAACAUAAUACAGCCAACGACUGAUUUACAUGCAUCCAAUUGAUGUGUGUAAGACAGCGACCCAGAAGUGACUGGAAAAAGGGCCGGGCUUAUGCAUGCUCCACCAUCGCAUGCCAUGACCUGGAACACAACCCCCACGCAAAUUGAGGGUUGCCUGUACAAUGAAAACUUAACCCUCAAAAUACAGUUAUUCUGGGCCUAUUAAUUUGUUAGCACGUGGCCUGGGGCAAACAUCUGCAUCACCUGCCUGUUAAAUUAGGACAGAUGAGUUUUUGACAGGGUUGCUAUUCCUUGUUUAUGCUUGAAUUUGAAGAAAGUUGGUGUGAGGCUGACAGCAAAAAUUUACUAUGAAUAAGCCUGAUGCAUAUCCGUUGUUCGUUCUCUCUCCCUCAGGUUCUCACACAGCAGGAACCACCUGACUUCAGCACGCUGA